AUGGCCUCCGAAUCGAAGUCCAAUGGCCUGGGAAGCACAGUCGCUCUGGUGGUCUCUGAACCGCGCGGGCCUUUCGAAGUCAAAGAAGUACAAUUGAAGGAUAUGCGACCCGAUGAGAUCGUGGUCCGCAUGAUAGCAACGGGUGUCUGCCAUACGGACGUGGCUACUUCCAUAGGGCAUAGAGGUCCUGGACUACCUGCCAUUCUCGGUCAUGAAGGUUCUGGGGUGGUUGAAGAGGUCGGUACAGAGGUGAAACACGUGGCUGUUGGCGAUCAUGUGGUUCUGUCCUUCAAUUAUUGUGGGAAUUGUACCACCUGCCGUCGAAACAAUCCGGCAUACUGUCUAAACGGACGCCAUCUAUGUUUCGGCGGGUCUCGCUUGGAUGGGAGCAAGACAUUCUCUCUUAACGGAAUCGACAUCAACUCAUCCUACUUUGGCCAGUCUUCUUUCGCCGCUCGCUCGAUUGUGCGCGGAGUUUGUGCCGUGAAGGUGUCGCCAUCUGUCCCACUAGACAUUCUUUGUUGUCUGGGUUGCGGUAUACAGACGGGAGCGGGCACUGUCUUGAAUGUCCUCAAGCCCGGCGUGGGAGCAUCGGUUGCAGUAUUCGGAGUUGGAUCGGUCGGGCUGGCGGCGAUCAUGGCGGCGGCCAAAUUCACACCUGCCACAAAAGUUAUCGCUAUCGACAUCGUGGAUUCCCGAUUGCAGCUGGCGGCUGAGCUGGGGGCCACACACACGAUCAAUUCGUCGGGGAAAGACGUGGUUGCAAUGAUCAAAGACGUCACCAACGGUGAGGGCGUCGAUUGUGCGCUCGACGCGACCGGAAACAUUGCUGUCAUCGAGUCCAUGAUCGCCGCGGCAGCAAACAACGGAACGGUAGCAACAGUCGGAGGAGCGCCCAGGGGAAAGUUUGUCAACAUUGAAGCGGCCAUGUGGAUAGCGAGAAACGUCAGUUACGUUGGCUCGUGUGAGGGCUCUUCAUUUCCACAGACGGUACGAUCGCUGAAGAGGCGACUUUGGAUUCAAGCUAACAGCCAGCAGUUUAUCCCUGUUCUCAUCGAUUUCUGGAGCCAAGGACGGCUUCCAAUCGAACGCCUUGUCACGAAGUACCCCUAUACCGAAAUCAACCGAGCUAUCGAUGAUAUGCAUAAUGGGAAAUGCAUAAAGGCAGUGUUGACCUGGGAGUGA